GGGGGGUGUGUGGACCCCGCCCCCCGUCCCGUUCCCCAUCUACAAAACGCUCCGGGCCGGGCGCUCUGCGCUCACAGGUUCCGGCUCCGCAGUUGCCGCGCCGGCUCCACGCGUCACCCACCCCUGGGACCCCCACCCAUGGGAACGGCGGCCCCUCUGCAGCCGGGGGGAGCUGGCGGUGAGGUCGGGGGCUCCCCUUGCUGUCCUCGCCCCCCCGCCCCGGCCAGCAUGUCGCAGCCCGGGGAGUGAGCCAGGAGACGGGGGAAGGGGCCACGAGAAACUCGCUCCCGCGUGGGUCCGCCCGGCAGGAUGGAGAACAAAGCCAUGUACCUUCACACCUUCAGCGAGAGGGAGAAUGGCUCCAUCUUUGAGGAGCCCUUCGAGGGAAGAAGCCUCUCCAAGCUGAACCUCUGCGAGGACGGUCCCGGCAGGACGGUGAAGGCAGCGGGGCGCUGCGGCCGCCUGGGCUCCCUGGCCGCGCUGAAGUACGCCGUGCUGGGGCUCUACCUGCUCGUCUUCCUCAUCCUCGUUGGAGUCUUCAUCCUUGCAGUUUCCAGACCUCAGACUUCCCCCGAGGACCUGAAGGUGCUGAUGGGGAACGUCAACCGCCUCAACGAGAGCUUUCGGGACAUGCAGCUGAAGCUGCUGCACCUGCCUCUGAAGGGGGAUGUGCUGGAUCACAUCUGGAGGCUCCAGGACCUCCUGCAGAACCACUCAGACUCCUUGUUCCUCAUGACGGGGUCGCUGCAGAAGCUGGAAGGGCUUCUCUGGAGCCUGCAGACCCAGGCCAGCCAAACGGACAGGGCCGUGUCCAACCUGUGGGACAGCCUGAGCCAGCAGAGCGAUGCGGCCCAGCAGGAGAUGUACAAGCUGUCGGUGGAAGGCAACAGCAGCCGGCUGCUGCUGCAGCACCAUGACCACCUCCUGAGCCACUUGGGCAGCAGGAUGGAGAGCCUGAGCGACCAGGUGACGGCCGUCAGUGGGGCGGUGGACACCAUCAACAGGACCUUCUCCUACGAUGUCAACGUCCACCGUACCCGCAUCCAGGACCUGCAGGUGCUCAUCAGCAACGCCACUGAAGACGCCCGGCAGAUGCGGCUCAUCCACAUCGCCAUGGAGCAGCAGCUGAAGCACGAGCUGGCCAUCCUCAACAACGUGACGGAGGACUUGCGGCUCAAGGACUGGGAGCACUCUGUGGCGCUCAAGAACAUCUCUGUGAUACGGGGGCCACCAGGACCCAAAGGAGACCAAGGCAACGAGGGAAUGGAGGGUGAACCUGGUCUUCCCGGCCCGCCCGGGCUGCGAGGGCUGCCUGGGGAGAGAGGACCCCCAGGACCACGUGGCUUGAAAGGCGACCAAGGAGACCUUGGCCCUCCAGGCCCAGCGGGGAUGCGGGGAUCCAAAGGUGACCGUGGCCUGAAGGGAGAGAAGGGGGACCGAGGUGGUAGCACAGCCACCGCCGAGGAGGGGACGGUCCGGCUGGUGAACGGCUCCAGCUCCCACGAGGGACGGGUGGAGGUUUUCUACGACCGGCGCUGGGGCACGGUGUGCGACGACGGCUGGGACAAGAAGGACGGGGACGUGGUGUGCCGGAUGCUGGGCUUCCGAGGCGCCGAGGAGGUGUACCGCAUGGCCCGCUUCGGCCAAGGCACCGGCAGGAUCUGGAUGGACGACGUCUCGUGCACGGGCACGGAGCAGAGUCUCCAGCACUGCAGCUUCUCCGGCUGGGGCAGGACCAACUGCGGGCACGCCGAGGACGCCGGCGUCAAGUGCCUGGCGCUGUGAGGGGACGGGACCCCAAAUCUGCCCGGGGGGUUCGCUCCGUCCCCGCCAGUCUCACCCGAGCUUCCCAAAGUGGUUUGAUUCUUAGAGAAAUAAAUGCUUUUUUAAUAUUC